AUGGAGGAUGAAGUUAUAUCACAUUACAAGAUCACAGAGAAGCAGUAGUUUCGAGAUCACUUCUACACAUGGCUUAUACAAGCAAACUAUUGUGCUUUGUUUUGGUUGCGUUUUUGGUGGCGUCUGUGUCCGAGGCUAGAAAACGCAACACAACCAAUAUACAGUUCUACAUGCACGACAGCCCCAGUGGACCCAACCCCUCUGCUGUUCGUGUUGCAGGCCAACCCGUCAAUGCCACAGUUUCCAACAACACGGAUGCAUCCAUGUUUGGGUUUGGGUCGAUCUAUGUCAUGGACAACGCCUUGACAGCCACACCUGAUAUCAACUCGACUCUUAUUGGUCGAGCCCAAGGGCUGUAUGCCAUAGCUUCCCAAGAAAACGCGUUGAGCCUCCAUAUGACUCUCACCUACAACUUUGUCUCGGGCAUCUAUAAUGGCAGCUCCGUCAGUGUCGUGGGCCAAAACCCUGUGAUGAAUGAAGUUAGAGAGAUGCCGGUGGUCGGAGGUACUGGAGUUUUCAGGCUUGCUCGUGGCUUUGCGUUAGCAAAGACAUACUCGAUGAACCAAUGGGAUGCGAUCAUCGGGUAUAACGUUACCAUAAUACCCUAUUAUUAGAAAGUAUUCAUACAUUUAUUAUGUUCCGUUUUUGAUAGUUCAAGAGUACUUUGAUCUAUGCCUUUUUUACUCAAUAAUUUACGUAAUAAAAAGCACACUUUCAUUGCAAAAUGGUGCUCC